GCGAGGUCUCGACGCGUCGUGUUCCUUUGCCGGCGCUUUGGAUCCGGCGGCGUUUUUUGGCGUCCCUGAAGUCGCCACUUUGGCCGCUCUGGCACGCCUGGCGUUGGGUGGGCGGCAUCUGUACGCCCACAUGAACCAGUGGCAUUAUGGUCGAUAUGGUCGCGGUCGGGGCCGGGACUUCGCUGCCCGUGCCCCACCCAAGAAGAAGGGCAGAAAUCACAUCCCAGAAAGGUGGACGGACUAUCUCCCAGUUGGGCAACGGAUGCCUGGGACUCGUUUCAUUGCUUUCAAAGUUCCGUUGCAAAAAAAAUUUGAAGCAAACCUCAUGCCAGAAGAAUGCUUUUCUCCUUUGGAUCUUUUUAAUAAAAUUCAAGAACAAAAUGAAGAGCUUGGGUUGAUAAUCGAUUUGACAUAUACUCAGCGCUAUUAUAAAGUAGAGGAUUUGCCAGAAACUAUUUCUUACAUAAAAAUUUUUACAGUUGGUCAUCAGGUACCUGAUAAUAACACUAUCUGUCAGUUCAAAUGUGCAGUUAAAGAGUUUUUAAAGAAAAAUAAAAACAAUGACAAACUUAUUGGUGUCCACUGCACCCAUGGCUUAAAUAGGACUGGAUACCUCAUUUGCAGAUAUUUGAUUGAUGUAGAAGGCAUGAGGCCAGAUGAUGCAAUUGAAUUAUUCAACAGGUGCCGGGGCCAUUGCAUAGAAAGGCAGAACUACAUUGAAAACCUACAGAAACGUCGUGUCAAAAAGAACCGGAAUGUUAGUGCAUCUAGGUCAGGUGAUCUUGAAGACCCAGCACAUCUUACGGAGCAAGUCCACACCACUAACAAACGUGUGAACAAAGGACCUAGGAAGAAGCGGCGUGGUGGUCAUCUGGCAUCUUCCCAGAAUUUUCAUAUCCAGAGCUCACCAUACUCAUUCAGAGAAUGGUCACAAAAUCAGAGAAGCCUUGUCCCUCUUCCUGGUCCAGCUGGAGAGUACUAUUCACAAAGAAGAUUCUUCUGGAACGGGAGGCCAAAUGGCAGUCAGGCAACCUACAAUAAGAAGUGGACUGCUGGUAGUUACCAGAGACCUUUCUACCCAGCCUACUGGGAAUGGAACCUGUGAGGCACACUGUGGCUGGCCUGUCGUAGGGGCCACCUGAGAUCAGAGCUGGACAGAAGACGGCUGGAUGAUUUAAUAAAAUCAGGUCAAAGGAAUUUAAAAACAUUUUUUUUUGAACAUUUUUAACUUUUUAAACUGUUUUACUAUUCCUUCAUGUGUGUUGAAUUGAAGGUGAAUUUCCUUGCUUUUUACCUCCCUCCUGGUGGUUCUGGCAGUCUAGAACACCUCCAUUCCAGGCCUCAACUUUCCUCAAAAAAUUCCAAAUAGAUAAACUAACACAAACUUGCACAUUUUUCAUUGCCUUUUGUUUUCCCUGUAUAUUUUCAUUGCUCAAGCCUGGAAUGUGUUGUGUAGUGCAGAGACUUACAGUGUUUUACCGUGUCCCUUACUGACAGUCUUUAAGGGCAUCUGUUUUCCAUGACUGUUCAUAUUUUCUACUAAAACUCUAGCCAGGAGACAGUUCCUUUCUUUGCACCUGUUCUCUGUCCUUGUGGGACUCUGAUCAGCGUUUUUUCCUUGGUAGUCAGUGUUGGGAUUUGACCAGCUUUUUACUGACCUGCCAGGUAUGGCAUCUAACACAGAGAAGUAUAAAAUUUUAGGGACUGAUUGAUUGCCAAGUUAGGCAAGAAGAAACUAACUGAUAAACCAGCGUGCUGGUUAAAUUAUAAUUUACUUGACGAGGUAACUGCCACCAACAGGGUAGAACUGUCCAGAAGGCUAGAAAACCUCUGUAGAUUUUAAAUGUUGAGCAGACUAGGAAUGUCAUACAUCCCUGGAUAUCUGGGAAGACUGAGGGCUGUGCUGACCCUGAGGACCUCAGUGGGGGACCUCUGUCCACUGGCCUCCCACGCUGGAAUGGUGCUCUUUUCUAGAGCACACUUCAGGCUACAUGGAGGUGCUAAUUACUUCACCUUAGAACUCACUCAGGAAGUUGCUCCUCAUAACACAUAGUCCACACACAGCAAGUGUUUGGUGAAGGACUAGGCAGUUUGGCUUCUAUCUUUUAAGCCUCUAAAGGAUUGUAAAACUGACCAACUGAUGCACACAGUAGUUAUUUUCUCUCUCCUGUAUGAACAUGUGGAGGGAGCUUCUCCCUAAUGAGGUUCCAGCAGUUCAUCUGUUCUGGCCUGCAACAAAUUUCUCAGUCAAGUUGCUCUGCACUCCAGUGAUGGCUCUUAAAGUUUUUCUCUACUCAUCACGUUAACAGAUUCAAAGUGCUUCUUGCUGUGAGACUCCCCUGCAGAAUUCUUCCUCAGAAUAUACUGGGGCAGUGUAUUGUCCAGUGUCAGAAACUGGAGCAGACAGUUAGGAACCAAGAGGACAAAGCUGGGGCAAGUACAGAAGUGCACCCAUUCAAAGAGCACAUUAGCAAGCUGCCUCUGGAGGACACUGCCAGGGGAGGGCCAUUGCAUUGACCUCUGCCACCUUCAGGAAUUGUUUCUGCUAUCUGCCCUGUUCCUCUACCUUUGGAUUGCCAACACCUUUAUCAUCGGAUAACUCAUAAGUAACUUUCAUCCUUACACACACUGUUCUGGCUCUGUCCAUGUCACACAGUUCAUAGGCCUUGUGGAAGGAUGGUGCUUUUUUAAAGUUUUUAAAGGGAUUCAGUAUAUUCUGUAGACUAGCCUUGCCUACAGUAAUAGUCUGUCUGCCUCAGUCUCCUGAGCAAGUGAGACUUCAGGUGCUUGCUCUCAUGCCCAGCUCUAAAUUUUAAUUUCUAAGACUUAGCUCUUUUUUUCUUACAAACAACAGUAUAUAUCUUGACUAUUACAUGUUUACUACACCCACACAAUGGAGGGUGGUCCCAUGUGGAAUCCUAAUUAAAUAUCCUUUCCAGUAAAACUUACAGCUUCCCAGAAUUGUGUCCUGAAAACAAAUUCCUGUGCUCCUUUCCUCUUGAGAGUGUCAAAUGGCUUAUGACCUUGGAGCAGGGACUGUAUCUGGCUGCAAGCUGGCUUUUCAAGUCUUUCUUCAUUGUUCACCCCUCUGUCUGAAUGCUAGCAAUUUUGUGGUCAUCCACUGACUGUCUCUAAAGUUGUUCUUCGGCUGCACUCGGUGCUGUGGUCUCUGAGCCAGGCAUUCUUGUAUGAUCCAGUCUCUAGAGAGUCUUCUCCCUCAGCCCUGGCCCAGUGAAUGAUCUCUUUCCACAGCACACUUUGUGUACACUGUACUAAAUAAUAUACUACUUCAGGUUCUGUGCCACGCAGAGUUUCUGUGCCACGGCAGAGUGGCACAGUAUGACAGUGCCUUUUUGCAGUGAAGAAUACAUCCUGUCUUGCCUUUGCAAAUGAGUCUUUAAAUUCCCAAGCUAAAUCUUUAAUCCCAGUCCUUUGGGGGACAGAGGCAGGCAGAUCUCUGAAUUCCAGGCCAGAGAGGGAGUUCCAGAGCUACAUAGAAAAACCCUAUCAUGAAAAAAAAAAGUUCCCAGCCAAGUAGGAAGCUUUGACUCUGAUGUACAUGGAACAUGGAACCUCUGGCUCUACCACACCACGUCCUUUUUUUUUUUUUUUUUAUAAUAUAACCCCACUUUCAACUAAAGGGGGAUGGGACACAGUAGGCCGUGGGAUCUGACUCCCUGAGGGGCUGCCAGAGGGUGAGGUGGAUAAUCCGCUCCCUCCGGAGAGGACAGGACAGGCGGCCCUAGCAAGCAAGCAAGCUGAUUGAUAAUACCUGCUCUUACUGACCUGACGUACUACAAAAACUUGGGAGCUUUUGAGAAUACCAAUAUCAGUUAUAUUGAGGUAACAAUUUAUCAGUAAUUAAGGUUUCGUUUGGGGUUAUAUUUGCAUGACAUGGGGAUAAGUCUUAGAAUCUGGAUUAAGAUUAUAUUCAGUUUAACAACGUGGUCAGUUGUGACUGUUUAUGAAGUCCCACCUCACAGCAUGACAUUCGGAACCAACUUUUGAACGCCAUAUAAUGCUUUCCCUUGCAUCUGUAGGAAGAAGGGUCAUUAGCUCUGAGAUAACUUUUUUUUUUUUUUAAGAAAACUAAAAUGAAUUCCUUUCUAGUAUAGGUUUUCCACAUCCUGACCAAGGAAUAUACAGCAGCCCCAAAGUCCACCCUCACAGUGCCCCUCUUGAUUGACAGCUCUUCCCAUCAGCCCAGCCCUGGCAACUGCUGCUCCAGUAGUUGUUUGACCUCUUCUACAGUGCUAUGCAGGUGAAGUUAGGAUAUAGACUUCUGAGUGGCAUUUCUCAUUUGCUACUGGCUUUAAGGUCUGUGUUACAGAAUGGAUCGGCUGCUCACUCUUCCCCCUGUUGCUGAGUUCUGAUAGAUGUCUUGCACUUCGCUCAAUCAUCGACCAGUUAAAAAAUAUUUAGGUUGUCUGUAGGGUUUUUUUAAAAUUUUAAAUAUAAAAUUUUUAUAUAAGAUUUUAUAUAAACAUCUCCCCCCCCCUUGAAGUGGAAUGCUGCCGUGUAUGUUUAACUUUAUAAUAAAUUGUCAAACUUUCCCAAA